CCAUGGAAGACGUCCAGGGAGUCCUGGGAAAGAAAAAAGGCCUGCCUUGCGACAUAACACCGGGUCAAAGAGAACGGAAUGACGGUGUGGCGAUGGUACUAUGGUUCAGGGACGGAUUUGGAGAACCAUUCUACAGUUUUGACGUGAGGAGUCGGCAAUUCAGCCAGGCAAGGUUGUGGUCCUCACCGACGAUUUUUGGCCCGCGAGUUUUUUUUCGAGCAGCCACUAAUCCAGCGACCCUUGUUAUAAACGAUAUUAAAUUGUCGGAUGAGGGCAUAUACAGAUGUCGGGUCGAUUUUCGUAAUUCGCCCACUCGGAACAGCAAGGUCAACUUCACAGUCAUCAUUCCUCCAGAAAAGCCGAUUAUCUACGACGAGAAACGAAGAGAUAAAACGGGACUUCUGGACCCGUACAACGAAGGCUCCGACGUCAACCUAAUUUGUGAAGUGAGUGGGGGACGUCCAAAGCCUAAGGUUGUAUGGUUCCUGGAGAACACAUUAAUAGACGAUUCGUAUGAGGUUCGUGACGACGGAAUUGUCGUCAAUCACCUGCACUUUCCCAACAUUGGUCGUCAACAUCUCAAAGCCAGACUGAUUUGCCAAGCUUCCAACACCAUCCUGACACCACCGUCUUCGAAAGUUGUCAUCCUCGACAUUAACUUGAAACCCACCUCUGUCAACAUUUUAACGAAAGAGAAGCAGUAUUCUGCUGAUAAACGUUACGAUAUAGAAUGCCGCACGUCAGGGUCCAGACCAGAGGCUGUUAUCACUUGGUGGAAGGGCAGUCGACCGAUAAAAAGAUUAGCGAAAAACUUUCCAGAACAAGAUAACCAAACAAUGAGUAUUUUAACGUUAGUUCCAACUAUCGAAGAUGAUGGGAAAUACUUGACAUGUCGCGCUGAAAACCCGUCCAUUCCAGACAGCGCGCUUGAAAACAAGUGGAGACUGAAUGUUCACUACAUGCCUGUAGUAACGCUCAAAAUGGGAUCGAGUUUGAACCCCGAAGACAUCAAAGAAGGAGAUGAUGUUUACUUUGAAUGCAACGUUAGAGCCAAUCCGAAAGCUUACAAACUCUCUUGGUUUCAUGACGUUACCGAAAUACAUCACAACGUUUCGGCUGGGAUAAUAUUAAGCGAUCACAGCCUCGUCUUGCAAAGUGUCACGAAAGCCACGGCAGGGAAAUUCAUUUGUCGUGCGACGAACACAGAAGGGCGAGGGACAAGCAACCCCGUUGUCCUCGACGUAAGGUAUUCUCCGAUAUGUAAACAAGAAAAAGAGGAGCUUUAUGGUGCUUUAAAGCAGGAGACGGUGCUUUUAAAAUGUGAACUGGACGCUAAUCCAAACAUUGUGACCUUUCACUGGACAUUCAAUAAUUCUGGUGAUCAAACAGAAGUGCCAGCCACGAGGUUUACAAGCGAACAUGCAACCUCACGACUCAACUACACACCCAUAUCCGACAUGGACUACGGAACUCUCUCCUGCUGGGGAGAAAAUGCUAUCGGCCACCAACGAUCCCCUUGCGUCUUUCAAGUUGUAACAGCAGGUAGACCGUAUCCCUUAUUAAAUUGCACGGUUAUAAACCAAAGUUCGAAUGCGUUAGAAGUUGAAUGUGUGGAGAGUUUCGACGGCGGUCUGCCCCAGAGCUUCAUCAUGGAAGUUCUAGAGCUGCCGUCUCUCGAGUCUAAGCUCAACGUCACGACGCACAAGGCGCCUCCGACGUUUUACGCGGAAGGUCUUGAUGCAACCGCAAGUUACAGGAUAUUAAUGUAUGCCGUAAAUGCGAAGGGACGGAGCGACCCAGCAGUGAUUGAUGCGGUAACCUUCAAAGGGGUUGCCAAAUUCACAGGACAGGCGUCCAUGACCAUGAGUCCGUUAUUCAUGGGACUCCUGGGCACUGCAGGAAUAUUAGCGACAGGCGUUUGUCUCGUAUUUGCGGCUCUAUGCCGAAAACAUUAUACGAAACCGUGUCACCGAUCCGAAGGUGUUACGAAACAUAUCCCGAUGGAGGCUGUCAUGGCUACCGACGAUUUGGUUGACAGUCCUGUCACAGACCACAGGGGAUCCGCCAACUUGGAGCCGCUGUUCGCCGAUUCUCUUAAGAAUAUCGUAGAAAUAACCGACCCCGAUAUUAUAAGGAAUCAAUACGGUAAUGGGAUAGAAAGAAAAUCCAGCCAAACGUUUACAAAAACAUAUCAAGAGACUGACUCAAGAGUAGCUGAAGACGAGAACGACGAAGAAUUCAGGUUUCUAGCCAAAGAAAACGUUCAAAGUCCUAACAAAAAUAUUUAUAAAUCACUACAGAGGUCCGUGCGAACGCCUUCGACCAUUCAACCAUCCUUAGCGCAGAAAUACAGAGGUCAUGAAAUAGUUACGACUUCUAAUCGGAUACAAGAGAGCUGUAUCUAAGUGAAUGUGUUUGUAUUGUUUAAAGUAUAUUUGAACGUAAUAAAUUUAUUCCUGUUUCUUUU